AUGAAUUCGUCUUCUUAAAAAAAUGAGAUUCGUGAAAAUAUGUGUCAAAUUCAUAACCGAGAGAUAAUUGCAAUAGAUCUAAACUCAACAGAAAAUGGAUCUAUUAAAUACCUUUGUUGUGACUGUAUAGUUGAGAAAUUGAAUAACAAUAGAAUAUCAACAAUUGAACAAACAUAAGCGAGAAUUUAAGAAUAUUAGGCGUUAAGAUAAGAAAAAAAGGCUGGAGAAAUCAAAAUAAAGCUCUAAUAAUAUAAAAUAGUGCUUGAAAAAUAUUCAGAGUUUAAAAUAAAUGCUUGUAAUUCUUUAGUUAAGAUCUAUGAUCAAAUAAAAACAUAAAUUAGUAUUCUAGAAGAAAAGCAAUCUUUAUUGAGAAAAUUUUAAACUACGUCUAAUUUUUAAGAGGAUGUUAAAUCAUUAUCUGAAUUUCUUUCAUUAAAUGAAAACUAAAUAGAAUUUCAAUAAGAUACCUAAUCUUUUGACGAUUUAAUCAGAGAACUUGAGCUCAUUUUUAAUAAGACCGCAUACUAAUAAACUAUUAUCACUUUUAAGGAAGCUAAAUAGAAAAUAUAGGAAUUCAAUGAAGGUAAUUAAAUUAAAUUAAUGCCCCUGCAAUUUGAAAAUAAUAAAAAAGCAUAAAGUUUAAGUAGACUUUGUCCAACCCAUAAUAAAGAAAUACUUCUGAUUGACCUAGAAUCAAAAAAUAAAUAAAUAGAAGAGAGAUUUGCUUGCUUAGAAUGCGUUGGUGAUGAAGGCUUUAAUUGCAAAUAAAAAUCAAUUGAAAAAAUAAAUUUAUUAUGGAAUCAAAAGAAAAUUAAUUAAAUUAAAUUUGUUGAAGAAUUAAAGUCAAAGAGGUAAUCAAAAUAAGAGAAAUUAAAUAAAAAGAUUUAGUAAAUGAGAGAGAAUUACAAUUCAAAAAUAAAUUCCAUCAGUGAACAAUUAAUAACAAAUUUUCCCUUACCGAUAACCAAAACAAGUGAACUUAGUAAGUUUAAAUAAGUUUCAAUACAAUAAUUAAGUAAUGAAGAAUUGAAUUAAACUAUUAAUUAUCUGAUUCAAUAAGAUAAUGAUAAUAUUUAAAAUGAGUAUAUGAUUACUAAAGACAUUUAAUUUACAAACUCAAUAGAAAGUUAAUUAGAACAAUUAAAAUAAAAUGAUUUAUUAGACAUUUAAGAGUCAAUUAAUAUUUUGCAUGAUUAAUCAAGUAUCAAGAAUAGUUUAUUAUUAGCUGACAACAAAUUGUAGGGAAUUCUUUAACUAUCAAAACUAAUUUAAUAGAGUACAAUUGUAGAAUAAUAACAAUAGAUAAGAAAACAAGAGUUGGAUGAAUUAAUAAGUUCUUCUAAAUAAAUAUAUUCUUAGUUGGAUUUGUUGAAUUACGCAAUUGAAAAAUUUUAAUAGCACAAUAACAAAGUUAUUUCUAUUAAAAAUAAAAUAUAAUCAAUUCCAGAUCAUGAAAAUUUUUCAAACAUUCAACAACAACUUACUUUGUAUUUGAAUAAUUUCGAAAAGGAUUUUAAGGAUCUGAAGAAAUUUUGUGAAAUAGAUUAAUUAGAGAGUGCUAAAUUGGCUUUACAAUAAGAUUAUACAAAAUUGCAAUUAGAAAACAAGGAGUUAGAAAUAAAUUUAUAAAACAUAGUAGAUGAAUUAAUUGAAAAAUUGAAGGUAGAACAAAAUAAGAAUGCUUAGUGUUAAGAACAAUCAAUAGUCUAUUAAAAUGAGAUCAAACAAUUAGCUUAAAAGAUUAUAGAUAAGGAAGAUUUAAUAAAAACACAUGAAUCACUGUUUGAUAAAUUUGGAUUAAAUUUAAAACCGAAAUUAUUAUAAGAUGAUUUUUGGGUUAGAUUAUCCUUUUAUUUAUAAGAAAAAUCAAAAAAAAAAAUCCAUGAAUCUCUCUUAAUUUAUUAAGGAACUAGGGAUGGAUUGAAUAAAGAUUAAUUUUGGAAUAAGUGUGAUGGAAAGAGUAAUCUUCUUAUGAUAUUUUAAUCUGAGAGCGGAUACAUAUUUGGUGGAUAUUCUCCAUGUUAAUGGAUAUAGUAUACUGGCAAAUAUAUUCAAGAUAAUUCAAAAUAAUCAUUUUUAUUUUCAUAAACACAUUUUUAAUUCUAUCCUAUGAAAACAAAUGGUAAUUGUUAUGCAAUAUACUCAAAUAAUUCAUCGGGGCCUGUAUUUGGAGAUGGUCAUGAUAUAAAGAUAGACAGUAAUUUUAAAGAUGGCUAUUCUAAUUUAGGUCAUGGAUAUAUAUGGGAUUAAUAUCAGGGUGCCUAUUCAAAGCAUCUAUUUGGAUAGGAUAAACCAAACAUAGCUGAAUGUGAAAUAUAUGAAUUAAAAUUAAAUUGA